AUGGAUGUUUCAACAGUUACAAAUGUCAAUCGCCGCAAGCGCGUUCCUCAUACUAUAUUCACACCAACACAAUCAUCUAACGUGAUUUCAAAUUAUUACUUGCUAUAUUUUAUUGAAACUGAAUCUUAUCAAAUUGCUGCUCGAAGUAGUAUAAAAAAAUUCGACGAAAAAGGUUUUGCAAAAGUUCUUAUUCGAAACAAAUUUUUUCAAGGAAAAAUUAUUCACGUCGAUUCUCUUGAUGGCUGUGAGAAAGAACUCGGACGCCGAACACGUUUAUCUCAACAAGAUAAUACUAAUAAUAACGAUCUUGAUGAACAACAAGAAGAAUUAGAUGAAUAUAAUGAUGAAAUUGUUAGUAGCAUCACACCGAGCCAACGUUUAUUUACUACACAAUCUCAAUAUGGAACUAGUUCAUCAAUCGAAUAUGACUUGCCUUCUUUAUCAGAAGAUAACGAAGAAGAGAAUGAAAAAGAUAGUGAAAAUGGUGAAAUAUUUGAUAAUCAUUUCGAUUCAAUUGAAAAAGGUUUAACAAAAAAAAGAAAACACGUACCUGAUGGUACAAGAAAAAAAAUAAAAAAACUUGAUACUGAUGCACAUAAAACGUUCAACAAAGUAAACACUCAAUCAGAAAUAACUGUUUCCGAACUUCAACAUCGUGGACCAUUUUCAACAUUAAUUAGAUGA